UCGUCUGAUAGAGCAGCAGAAAAAGGAGUUUAAUUUGAUUUUGAAUUUUACAGACAUCAAAUCAGGCUGCAAAUAAUGGACAAGGCAGACAAUUCAAAUACAGAGAAAGGUCAGUCAGAAAACAAGAGAGGAAGAUGGGGAGCAAAGCUAGAUUAUAUGCUUUCUAUGGUUGGUUAUUGUGUUGGUCUUGGUAACAUCUGGAGAUUUCCGUAUCUUUGUAUGAGAAAUGGAGGAGGUGCUUUUCUAAUUCCAUUUAUAUUUUUCCUCCUGGCUGCCGGUCUUCCAUUAUAUUUUCUGGAGGUCUCUGUUGGACAAUUUACAGGAAAGAGCUGUUUUCAUGUAUGGGAGGCUUGUCCGAUUUUCGAAGGAGUUGGAGUUGGAAUGUUCAUUGUCCUCUUUGUAAUUACACUUUACUACAACAUCAUCAUCACCUGGACCAUCUUCUAUCUCGGAAGUUCCUUUUUCUCGCCUCUUCCAUGGGCGGAUUGUGAAAACGAUUGGAAUACUCUGAAAUGUUUCCAUGACGUUUCAAAAAUGACCUCAGAGCAUGGUGCUAAUGAAACAAUGGACGACUUGUAUAACACGUCAGUCUUCUCAACAAUGACUUAUUCCAUCACUUAUCACAAUAACCUAACUGUCCCUAUUGUGGAGAAUAUGACAAAAGAAACUACGCUUGGUUCAACAAGUGAAGAGGAAUUUUGGUUUAAUCGUGUUCUUGUUGUGUCGGAGGGACUCCAUGAUAUUGGUGGUUUAAACUGGCGACUUACAAUCUGCUUCCUCGUAGCAUGGAUUGUGGUUUGCUUGUGUCUGAUAAAAGGUGUUAAAUCUCUUGGAAAGGUUGUUUACAUCACAGCGACCCUUCCCUAUUUGUUACUGAUCGUCAUUCUUAUCAAGGGCCUGACGCUUCCUGGAUCAACUGAUGGCAUCCUUUUCUACAUCAGACCAGACUUUGAUAAACUUGCCAGUGUUCAAGUAUGGUUAGAGGCCGGAAUUCAAGUCUUCUAUUCACUGGGGCCCGCAUGGGGACCUCUCUUUACCAUGGCUAGCUACAAUAAAUUCAACAAUAACUGCUAUAGAGAUUCGGUCAUUUUAACUCUGGUGAGUGAAGGAACAAGUAUAUUUGGAGGUUUUGCCAUUUUCACCAUUGUUGGUUACAUGGCGCAUGUUGCGGGUAAACCAGUGGAUAAAGUGGUACAGGCAGGUCCCGGGCUGGCUUUUCUUGUUUAUCCAGAGGCUCUCUCGCUGCUUCCUUUACCAAAUGUCUGGGCUGUGUUGUUCUUCUUAACAUUGUUUACUGUUGGAUUAGACAGUCAGUUUGCGACCCUUGAAACCUGCUUGACGGCUGUCAGUGAUAUUUUUCCUCGUAUACGGAACCACAAGGCCCUGAUGUCAAUGAUUUCUUGUGUGUUUUUCUUUCUCGUUGGAUUGCUCCUAUGCACUGGGUGUGGGAUCUACAUAUUUCAGCUGUUAGACUGGUACAUUGCAGCCUUUUGUUUACCUCUCUUUGGAGUGAUUGAAUGUUUAAUUUUUGGCUGGAUUUAUGGGGCAGAUAACUUGUCACGUGACAUUGAAAUGAUGAUUGGAAGAGGUGUACCUAUUUAUAUGAGGAUUUUGUGGUGUGUGAUUACACCCCUCCUUUUAGUGAUGCUAUUAGCAUUUUCUAUAAACACGUACCGACCGCCAAUGGUUGGUUCUUACACGUAUCCGGCGUACGGUCGGGCUAUUGGUUGGAUCGUGGCCUUCCUUCCUAUAGUACCUCUACCCAUCUGUGCGAUAAGAGCCAUAAGACGGUCUAAAGGUGAUACUGUAUGGAAGAAACUAUGUUCAUCUUUGAAACCUUCAGAGCGAUGGAGACCAGUUUCUAAUUUUGAGUGUGAAAAAUAUAAGAUUGAAAACAGAUCUGGAGACUUUAAAUCCACCAUACUCAGAAACAUUUGUGGAAAAAAAAGCUUAGACGACCAAGAAACAGUGUCAGAUAUCUGUCUAGAAACCUAAGACAGAUUUGUUCCCUUUCCUGCAAACAGUUUUACAUUCAAAAUACGUCAUAAGUUUUGAUUUUAAUACUAAAAAGUUCCUCAUAAAAACCAAUUUAAUGUCAAUGAACACAAAUUAAUUGCAUUUUAGACUUGUCAAUCUAGAUCCCUUUUUAAAAGAACUAAUCUAAUUCCGGACAACUUUUUAAAUAUUUCAUAAACUGUCUCAUCAAAAAUUAUUCAUUUUUUCACAUUGAUCGAAAAUGAUAUCCUAGCCCUUUUGACAAAUAUUACAUGGAUAAGGUUGUAAUGUCAUAUACACGUGAUUUUAUGUCAUGCAUUAUCUAGAGAUGUUGUAACUCUUAUCUUGUUUUCGACUUCUUUCAUUGGACCUCACUUUCUGGUGACUUCAGGAAUUUACAGAUUUUAGUUAGCUUUUAUUUAUUACGCAAAAAUAUACAAAAUAAAAUGGAGAAAAGUAAACAUGUUUUUUAUCCGAAGGACAGAUGAUAAAAACAAACUUUUUAAAACCAUAAA